UCAGAGGGAAUAAAGAAAGACUAUAUGCUUUAGCCUUACACUAGGUACUCGUAAGUUAUAGAAGGUAUUAUGGGUAGUUUUUCGAAUAAUGCGAAUUCCUUUGUGAUUUAUCUGGACUUGUUGUAACUGCUUAAAAUGGAACAAAAGAGAGGAUCUUCGUGGCUAAGGCUUGCUUUUAUGGCUGUACCGUUGUUGUUUGGAAGAGCGGUUUGGGCAGGGAUACGGUAUUCUGUCUCUGAAGAGCAGGAGGACGGUACUGUGGUCGGAAAUAUUGCGAAGGAUUUAGGAAUUGAUAGAAGAAGCUUAAGAGAGAGAGAAUUCCGCAUCGUGUCAUCCUCAGGGGAUUCACUGUUCAAGGUAAAUCAAAAUGACGGAGCGUUGUAUGUUAGUGGUAAUUUAGACAGAGAGGCGGUGUGCGAGAAAAGCACAUCGUGCACAAUCAAUCUCAAAAUCGCCAUGGGAAAUCCCCUGGAGAUCCAUUAUGUGACCGUAGAGAUUAUAGACGUAAAUGAUCACGAUCCUGUUUUUACUGAAGAAGAAACGCUCAUGGAGGUAUGGGAGUCUGCCUUACCCGGCACGCGUUUUCAGCUUCAGCCGGCCCACGACCCUGAUAGCGGAUCAAAUUCUAUUCAAACGUAUAGAGUCAGCCAAAACGAUCAUUUUAAACUUGAAGUCAAAGAUCGUGAUGAGGAUGGCAAAAUUCCUAUUCUGAUAUUGGAGAAGCAGUUAGACAGAGAAUCUACACAAACUAUAAAAUUGUUAUUAACUGCUAUAGACGGCGGAAAACCAUCAAAAUCUGGAACAAUGGAAGUAAUCAUAAAUGUCCUGGACAUAAAUGAUAACGCACCCGUUUUCUCUGAAGAGACAUAUACUGUGAUGUUGCAGGAAAACGCGCCGAUAGGCACAACAGUAAUACGGUUAAAUGCCACAGAUUUGGAUGACGGCUCAAAUGGCGAGAUUGUUUAUUCCAUUGGUAACAAUCUAAACAGAAAAUUACGGGAACUUUUUGAAAUAUCUCCGACCACUGGCGAAAUCAUUGUGAAGGGAGUUUUAGAUUUUGAAAUAAAAGACAAAUAUGAAAUUGAUAUUCAAGCUUCAGACAAGGGACUUGCACCAAUGACAUCAGACAAGACAGUGACUAUAAAGAUUGUAGAUGUAAAUGACAAUGCGCCAGAGAUAGAGGUGACAUCAUUUUCGAGUACCAUUCCAGAAGAUUCAAAAUCUGGGACAACAGUUGCUUUGAUAAGUUUAUCUGAUUUAGACUCUGGGAUCAACGGAAAAGUUUUUUGUUCAGUACCCGAGGAUAUGCCUUUUAAGCUUUUGUCGGCCUCGCAUGAUAAUGCUUAUUCUUUAGUUACGUCGUCAACACUUGAUAGGGAAAUAGCUUCUCAGUAUACUAUUAUAUUAACUGCCCAAGACACAGGGAACCCACAAUUGUCAUCGAUGAAGACUAUAACUGUACAGGUAUCAGAUAUAAAUGAUAAUAGUCCUGAGUUUAUUAGUUCCCCAUACGCGUUUUAUGUAAUGGAAAACAAUACUCCAGGAGCAUCUUUAUUUUCUGUAUUUGCUUUUGAUCGAGACUCAGGUGAAAACGCUGUAAUUAACUAUCAGAUAUGGAGAGAUACUUCCAAAGACAACCAGUACACAUCUUUUAUCAAUGUUCAUUCUGAAAAUGGCGCCAUAUUCGCGUUAAAAAGUUUUGACUUUGAGACAAUGAAGAAGUUCAAGUUUUACGUGCUCGCUUCAGAUUUAGGAGCUCCAUCACUAAGCACCAACGUCACAGUGAACGUGUUUAUUCUGGACCAGAACGACAACGCUCCAGUAAUCUUAUAUCCAAUAAGCGCUAAUGGGUCUGCUGAAGGUAAGGAAGAGAUUGCCCGAAAUGUGAAUCCAGGACAUUUGGUUACUAAAGUGAGAGCCUAUGAUGCAGAUAUAGGAUACAACGGGUGGUUAUUAUUUUCACUAUUGGAAGUGAGUGACCACAGUCUCUUUGGUUUGGACCGCUACACAGGACAGAUCAGGACUCUUCGGUCAUUCACAGAAACAGAUGAGGCUGAACACAAACUGGUCAUACUGGUUAAAGACAAUGGUAACGUUUCACUUUCAGCAACAGCGACUGUCAUCAUUAAACUCGUUGAACCCAAAGAGGCUUCUGCUGCAUCCGAUGUUAAUAAAAUUGCAUCUAAAAAAGAAGAAAAUAACAUUACAUAUUAUUUAAUCAUUACCUUGGGUUCGGUUUCAUUUCUUUUUAUCAUUAGCAUUAUCGUGUUGAUUGUAAUGCAGUGCUCCAAAACUACAGACUGUUCCUCCAAGUAUUUGCAAGAUACAAAUUACGACGGGACACUGUGUCACAGCAUUCAGUACAGAUCUGGAGAUAAACGCUACAUGUUAGUUGGACCCAGAACGAGUAUUGGUUCUACUCUAGUCCCCGGCAGCAAUGGGAAUACUCUUGUGAUACAAGAUCGCAGGAAAAGAACGUCUGUUGGGGUAAGGCAGUUUCCCUUUAGAAAUUCAAAAUUAACAAGUACCUGA